AUGCCUGAAGGGACCGGUCGGGCACUUGUUGACAUUGACCAUCUUCAGGCUGGCGUCCCUUUCCAAAUAUUUGAGCGUGACGAAAGUGCAACCGCUCGCGGACAAGGCUGGGCCAUUACGAUCCAUUGGGCGCUGCCGUAUCUCAAGCAGAUGCUCGAACCCGAAGUCCUGGAGGCUGUCGAUGGUGUACAAGUCGACCCGGCCAUAGGCCGAAAUGACACUGGCAAUUUCCUUUUUCUCAAUCUCGCGACCUGCGAAACCAAAUAUCGCAUUCCUCCCUCAGAACGGCGACGGGUGAAUCGGGAAAAGUUGCGCGCUGUUCUAUUGAAAGAUGUCGAAGAUCACGUUCGAUGGUCCAAGAAAUUGACCAGGGUAGAGGUUGGUGAGGACGGUGACGGCGUGAGAGCGCACUUUCACGAUGGGACGUCUGUUUCUGGAGCUAUCCUGGUGGGUGCCGAGGGCAGCAACUCUACAGUCCGGAAGUUUCUGUCUCCUGGGGAUUACCGCAACCGCCAGCUUCCCAUCCGCUUCGUUGGAUCGAGUGUCGACAUGACCAAAGAACAGGUCGCGCCCUUACGGAAGCUGGAUCCCCUCCUUUUCCAAGGCUGUCAUCCAGAGACUGGGUGUUUCAUGUGGGUUUCCAUGCUCGAAGUUCCCGAGAUCAACGGCACAGCGGGAACGGGGAAGGAGAGAUAUCGCGUCCAAAUCAACCUCUCUUGGCCGGUGAGGGGUCCCGAAGAUGAAGUCAAAUCAGAGGGUCCAGAAGUGGUUCGAGACAUGAAACGAAGGGCGACGGUGUUGGCACCCGUCCUCAAGGAUGCGGUGGACGCCAUCCCGGAGGACGCGGCGGUCCUCGAAAUCAAACUUGCGGAUUGGCCGUGUCUGGACUGGGACAAUCGUGGCGGCAGAAUCACCUUGGUCGGAGACGCAGCACACGCCAUGACUAUGUAUCGGGGAGAAGCAGCGAACCAUGGCAUGCUUGAUGCGUACCAUCUCUGUCAUGCUCUCGAGAGAAUCUACACCAAACAACAGCCGCAACAGGAGGCCAUCGAUCAGUUCGAGCAGGAGAUGCGAGAUAGGACAAGCUAUGCUGUCCAGAUGAGUCGACAGGCAUGUUUUGACGCUCAUGAUUGGAGCAGGCUGGAUGAGAAUUCGGCCGUCCUGACCAAGAGGGCUGUGGUCGCAAAAUGA